CAUAAUAUCCUGCUGCUUGGAGAACUAUAAUCAUCUGUUUAGCUAGCUUGAGUCGAACAGAGCGUGUCACCUGUCCCCAAUGGGGUUCAAUAAGACGUACAUCAGUAUCGGGUAUGCCUCUUUUGGCAUGCUUAUGGGAUUCUCAGCGUUUCUCGUGUGGAACAUCGCGUACAACCAACCAUGGACUGCUGCAAUGGGAGGAUUAUCAGGUGUGCUGGCGCUCUGGGCCCUCAUCACCCACGUCAUGUACCUGCAGGACUACUGGCGCACCUGGCUGAAGGGCCUCAAAUUCUUCCUCUUCAUCGGAGUCGUCUUCUCCCUGCUGGCCGUGGUGGCUUUCAUCGCCUUCCUCUCCCUUGCCAUUACCAACAAAGAGUCCAUGACUGACCCGAGGAGCCUGUUUCUUUCGGGCGUGUGGAGCUUCAUGACUCUAAAGUGGUCCUUCCUGCUGGCUCUCUAUUCCCACCGCUACCGCAAGGAGUUUGCCGACGUCAGCAUCCUCAGUGACUUUUGAUGAGGGCCCUUGAACAGCCCCCCCCCCACCCACCCAAUGGAGGUCUAUGGAAGACUAACUAGCAGGGCUCCUAACCUGAGGGUGCUAACUAGGGGAGAAGGGAGGGAGUGAAGAUUUGAGGGGUUGGUGAAGCCAAGUCGUCAUGACGAGGAUGAGUGCUGGAAUGAGGGUUGAUCUGAAAGGCGUGGGGUAGCUGCACAUACACCAGAUGUCUUCCACCAAUCGCUUGCUUAUAAACCCACACGGAGGGAGUGAACGAGUACACACUUUGGGGAGAAGGGUAGUGAAUCGGAACGCAAUCUGUGUGUUGUCUGUGUUAAUGGGAGAAUUAGUACCUGGACCUCUGUCCAUGCCCGCACCUUCUCGGUUAGACCCCCCCCCCCUCUUUCUAUAUCUGUAAACAGGGUAUGCUCAACCCCUGCUAGGCCAGUUUAUCCACAAGUUCAUCCCUAUGUUAUGCCUUUUAUGGAUUUGACUGUUCCCAUGUGUAUGUAUGUGACACUGUCUGUGCUCCUCUUGUAUGUCUUCGACACAUGUUUUUAGAGUCAAUAUCUCCCUUUUUAUGAGAUUUGAAUCUUCUUUUUGGUGACUUUGUGGGUAAUCCUUGUUAAUUGUGUACAUCACAUGUGAAAACUCAUUCCACGGAGGGCCUAGUGUCUGCGGGUUUUCGUUCCUCCCAUGUACUUGAUUGAUGAAGGUCACUAAUUAGUAAAAAAACUCCUUUCACCUGGUUGCCUCUGUUUUAAUUGAAAGGAAAACCCCAAAACCUGCAGACACUAGGCCAUUCGUGGAAUGAGUUUAAAAACCCUGCUGUACAUCUUCCUGUGCUUAUAUACAUAGGAACAUAUUCUUAACAAGAUAUAUAAUUGAGUACAUGGGUCCUUCUGUAGCUCAGUUGGUAGAGCAUGGCGCUUGUAACGCCAGGGUAGUGGGUUCGAUCCCCGGGACCACCCAUACGUAGAAUGUAUGCACACAUGACUGUAAGUCGCUUUGGAUAAAAGCGUCUGCUAAAUGGCAUAUAUAUGAUGUGGUUUUAUGAUUCGUUUCCAUUCUCUUGCCACAAGGGGGGAGUCAGUCGAUCAAAUGUUGCGGCUGUUGGUAAAACAUCCCACUCAUUUAGAAAGUUGUUAGAAAACAGAGCAAAGUUUAUCUGCAUACAUAUAAAACAUGCAUUAUACACAACAAAAGGACACAUCACAGGCCUGUUUGGGGAAAUCCUAGUAGUCUUUUCUUUUAUUUUUAGGAUGACUGUUUUGAUUUGUGUUAUCGAUGUGUGAACUUUUAGUCCUCAGAAACCUGCUGUCACUUCGGAGUCAGUGUAUGUGCUGAAGCAACUACAUUUAGAGUAUCAUGUCUCAACACUUAUGUAUUAUGAUACAGUUAUAAUGCUUUGGAAAUGAGACUUGUGUAAUGUCUUAUAGUGUUACACCUGUCAGUGUUCGACACGAUUUCAAAACAUCCCCCACAAAUAGUUUUUGAAGAGAUUACCGUCACAGAAUGUUAGAACAACUGCCUUUUUUUCACAACAGUUGCCAAUGGAAACCCAACUGCCUCGUCUUAUUUGAACGGAGAACGCUCAGAGGGAGCGUUUGUGGAAUUUGUGUCAUUGCUGUGCCUUCGCUUUAGCUCUCAAACGUUAUUCACCAUCAUCAUACUGCUGCUUAUGGAGAUUAAUUUGAUUGUGCUCUACCUUUUUUUCCCCCCUUGACAUCUGUUUGCUUCUCUGUGGGCUACCACAUGUAUCAUAUUGUACUAUAAAGAAACAUGACAUUGUGUAUAUCCACUUGUGUGUAUGUCUGUUGUACAGGUAUGUCUGUGUGAGAGCCAUAUUAAUAAAGUAUAAUUUUAUGACA